AUGGAACCCAAUGGACUAGGCGGUGGAAUGUUCUCUGGGUUGGUAGGAGUGGAGAACUCUUUGCAAUCUGAGCAACAACAAAACCCUCACCACUUGCAACACCAUCCCCAAAUGCUUCCCUAUGCCCCACACCAUGGCACUGAUCCACAUCAUCCACACCAUAAUCAAUCGAUUAAACAAGGGUACCCUGCCUAUUCUUCGGCCAAGACCAAACAACAGCAACAAAGUGUCCUCAGUGAUGAUGAUGAUGACACCUCGGACGCCAAGAGGAAGAUCUCGCCGUGGCAAAGAAUGAAGUGGACCGACACCAUGGUGAGGCUUCUGAUAAUGGCGGUUUAUUACAUUGGUGAUGAGGCUGGCUCUGAAGGGACUGAUAAGAAGAAGUCCUCGGGUUUAAUGCAGAAGAAAGGGAAAUGGAAGUCGGUCUCAAAGGCUAUGAUGGAGAAGGGGUUCUAUGUCUCUCCCCAGCAGUGUGAGGAUAAGUUCAAUGACUUGAAUAAGAGGUAUAAGAGGGUGAAUGAUAUUCUUGGCAAGGGAACUGCUUGCAGGGUUGUGGAGAAUCAGAAUUUGUUGGAAACGAUGGACUUGUCACCAAAGAUGAAAGAGGAGGUUAAGAAGUUACUCAAUUCCAAGCAUUUGUUCUUCAGGGAAAUGUGUGCUUACCAUAAUAGUUGUGGUCAUGGAAAUAACACUGCUCCACAGCAAGGAGAGACUGGGGGUGAGGUAUCUCAGUCUCCCGCUCAACCACAGCAACAGCAGCAACAACAACGUUGUUUUCAUUCAUCGGAAGUGGGGAAUUUGGGGGGUUCUGGGGUAGAGGGUUUGAGGAUGUUGAAAAUGGGAAGUGGAGAAGAGAAUGGUGAUGAUUCGGAUGAGGAUGAUGAGUCCGAGGAAGACUCGGAUGAGGAUGAAAAUGAUUCAGGAGAAGGUGGUUCAAAGGGUAAUGUGGGACAUGGACACGAGGAUAUUGAGGAUGAUAAUGAUGGAAGGUCAACGAGGAAGAGGGCAAGGAAAGUUAGGGGGGUUCCUGUGUCACCACAGAUGAUGCAGCAACUGAGUGCUGAGGUGAGUGGUGUGUUACAAGAUGGCGGUAGGAGUGCUUGGGACAAGAAGCAAUGGAUGAGGAGCAGGAUAAUACAGUUGGAGGAGCAGCAAUUAAGCUAUCAAACUCAAUCGUAUGAGUUGGAGAAACAAAGGUUGAAAUGGGCAAGGUUUAGCAGCAAGAAGGAGAGGGAGAUGGAGAGAGCGAAACUUGAAAAUGAACGAAGGAGGCUUGAGAAUGAGAGAAUGGUUUUACUCAUUCGCCAGAAAGAACUUGAACUGAUGAGUAUUCAACACCAACAGCAGCAUCAACAACAACAUUCUUCCACAUAG